GGAGCGUUUUCCCCCGGCCGGCGCUCAGCUGGGGCGGAGGAAGAGGCGGCCUGGGCCUGCCGAGCUGUUGCAGUCUUCGCGGCUGCUAUGUCCAGGGUGCACGGUGCCCUCCGCAGCUCCGUGCAGCGCUAGAGGCGGCCGAGCGCCCGCCGACGCCGCCCAGAUCCCUGGUGCCACCGCUCCUCCGCUCCUCCACUCCCGCAGCUCCCGCUGCUCCUCCGGCGUCGCCUGCGAGGCCAGGCGGAGGCAAGAUGAAGAUGACGGUGGAUUUCGAGGAGUGCCUGAAGGACUCGCCCCGCUUCAGGGCUGCUUUGGAAGAAGUUGAGGGAGAUGUGGCGGAGCUGGAACUAAAACUCGAUAAGCUUGUGAAGCUCUGUAUUGCGAUGAUUGACACUGGCAAAGCCUUCUGUGUUGCAAAUAAACAGUUCAUGAAUGGGAUUCGAGACCUGGCACAGUAUUCUAGCAAUGACGCUGUCGUUGAGACAAGUUUGACCAAGUUUUCUGACAGUCUUCAAGAAAUGAUAAAUUUUCACACAAUCCUGUUUGAUCAAACUCAGAGAUCAAUUAAGGCACAGCUUCAGAACUUCGUUAAAGAAGAUCUUAGAAAAUUCAAAGAUGCCAAGAAACAAUUCGAAAAAGUCAGCGAAGAAAAGGAAAAUGCACUAGUGAAAAAUGCCCAAGUUCAGAGAAACAAGCAGCACGAAGUGGAAGAGGCCACAAACAUCCUCACCGCCACGAGGAAGUGCUUCCGGCACAUAGCCCUUGACUAUGUCCUUCAGAUUAAUGUGCUUCAAUCAAAGAGGAGAUCAGAAAUCCUGAAAUCAAUGCUGUCCUUCAUGUAUGCACAUCUGGCCUUCUUCCACCAAGGCUAUGACCUGUUCAGUGAGCUCGGGCCCUACAUGAAAGAUCUUGGAGCGCAGUUGGAUCGACUGGUUGUGGAUGCCGCAAAGGAGAAAAGAGAGAUGGAGCAAAAACAUUCUACUAUCCAGCAGAAGGACUUCUCCAGCGAUGACUCCAGGCUGGAGUACAAUGUGGACGCUGCGAAUGGCAUUGUCAUGGAAGGGUAUCUCUUCAAGCGAGCCAGCAACGCCUUCAAAACGUGGAACAGGAAAAAACCCGAUCAUAUCAGACGCUGGUUCUCCAUACAGAACAAUCAGUUGGUUUACCAGAAAAAGUUCAAGGACAGCCCCACGGUGGUGGUGGAGGACCUCAGGCUCUGCACGGUGAAGCACUGUGAAGACAUAGAGCGGCGGUUCUGCUUCGAGGUGGUCUCUCCAACAAAAAGUUGUAUGCUCCAGGCAGAUUCUGAAAAGCUUCGCCAGGCCUGGAUUAAGGCUGUUCAGACCAGCAUUGCCACUGCCUACAGAGAAAAGGGCGAUGAAUCAGAGAAGCUGGAUAAGAAAUCAUCUCCAUCAACGGGAAGCCUAGAUUCUGGAAAUGAGUCAAAAGAGAAAUUAUUGAAAGGAGAGAGCGCCCUGCAGCGUGUGCAGUGCAUCCCUGGCAACACCAGCUGUUGUGACUGUGGGCUGGCAGACCCACGGUGGGCCAGCAUCAACUUGGGCAUUACCUUGUGCAUCGAGUGCUCUGGGAUUCAUCGGAGUCUUGGGGUUCAUUUUUCUAAAGUACGGUCUUUAACUUUAGAUACUUGGGAGCCUGAGCUUUUAAAGCUUAUGUGUGAAUUGGGGAAUGAUGUUAUAAAUCGUGUUUAUGAAGCUAAGCUGGAAAAGAUGGGAAUAAAGAAACCACAGCCGGGACAGAGACAGGAGAAAGAGGCAUAUAUCAGAGCAAAAUAUGUGGAGAGGAAAUUUGUGGAUAAAUACUCCAUGACAUCAUCGCCUUCUGAGCAGGAGAAAAGGGUUAUUUCCAAAAGCUGCGAGGAACAGAGGCUGAGCCAAGUCAGGGCGUCUGUCCACACCGCAGUCAAAAGUAAUGACAGUGGGAUCCAGCAAGGCUCUGAUGACGGACGAGAAUCUUUACCUUCCACCGUGUCAGCCAAUAGCUUAUAUGAGCCUGAAGGAGAAAGACAAGAGUCUUCUGUGUUUCUUGACUCUAAACAUCUUAAUCCAGGACUUCAGCUUUAUAGGGCUUCAUACGAGAAAAACCUUCCCAAAAUGGCUGAGGCUUUGGCUCAUGGUGCAGAUGUGAACUGGGCUAAUUCAGAUGAGAACCAAGCAACAGCACUCAUCCAGGCUGUACUAGGGGGCUCUUUGGUGACGUGUGAGUUCCUCUUACAGAAUGGUGCUAAUGUAAACCAAAGAGACGUCCAGGGGCGGGGACCACUGCACCACGCCACUGUCUUAGGACACACAGGGCAGGUGUGUUUAUUCCUAAAGCGAGGUGCCAAUCAACAUGCCACUGAUGAAGAGGGGAAGGACCCUUUGAGCAUAGCUGUGGAAGCAGCCAAUGCUGACAUAGUAACCUUGUUACGUUUAGCAAGAAUGAAUGAAGAAAUGCGGGAAUCGGAAGGACUUUAUGGACAGCCAGGUGAUGAAACUUACCAGGACAUUUUUCGUGAUUUUUCUCAAAUGGCAUCCAAUAAUCCAGAGAAACUCAAUCGUUUCCAGCAAGAUUCACAGAAGUUCUGAGCCUUUUAAAGAGGGGAAACUAUGAAAUUUGGUGAAUUACUAAUGUGUACAACCAAAAUCUUACACCUUUUUAAAACUGCUUUAAUUCUACUUGAUUUUGGUAGACAUUGAAUUGUUUGGAAAAAAUGGUACCCAUUCAUUGGUGUUUUUGUAAAUGAAAACAGAUCUCUCAUAGUUGGGAAAGGGAGAAAUCCACUAUAAUUCUUCUUUUAUUUAAGGAGAAAAAGACUGUUUAACGGGUGUGCUUUAAUAUAAAGUUGUAUCCAGAUCUAAGUGAUCUCUUAAGUUCCGAGAUGCUUACACUGUUGGGCCCGUGCACCUUUGCCUUGGGUAGUGCACUGUUUCUCCCCAGGGACACUCAGUAGUCACUAUGUCUACAUCAAGUGGGAGCCAGCUGGCUUACCUGUAUCUAGGAUGUGUCUUCUCUACAGCUUCGCUGAUACUGUUGGUGGUUUAGAAAUAUGUAUGUGCAUUUUCUGGUAGCUUAGCUAUGAUACCCACGUUUAUAGGAUGUCAUUGCUAGGACUAGUGAGGAUGCCCCUCCUUUGCUCAGAGAUGCCAUUGCACGUCACGACUUUAGCAAACAUGGUGACUGUCCAGUAGACCACACUUUAGUCUCUAGACUUAUUUCAUCUUGUGGUGCAAAGGAGCUUAUUCUUUUUUCUUCUUUCAGUUACCGCAAGACUCCCAGCUCAGUUUUUAUUGUUGGGUUGAUUUCCUAAAACCUUGAAAGAUCAUCAGUGCAAUAAAACUGUAUGGCAGAAGUUGACUAUUGCAAAAUUGGGCUUUCAUCAAAACACGGUGAUUUCAAAGAUAAUGUAGGUCAUUUUAUAUUUGGAAUUUAUCCAUUUUAAGAUAUAUAUAUAUAUAUAUACAUAUAUAUAUAUGUAUAUUUACUAUUACUCCUAGUGAAGGGAAAAUCUCCAUGUAAAAGAAGAAAAAGCUAAUUUUUUUCUGUUUAUACUAAAAUUUACCAGCAAUAAAUUUCUUUUAUUUUUUCUA